GUCAUGUCACAGCUACAGAUACCACGAAGGCCCAAGAAGGACCCCCGUCUCAGCAGACACAGAAAAGGAUGACCAGUGUGGACAGACCUCCAGAGAUGAUGGAAACUCCAACAGAACAACAGUUGGAAUUGCAGAGUGAGGGCCACGCAGAAGGAUUUUUCACUGCAGCUCUCCAGCUGAGGAAACAGGACCUCCUUGUGGAUAUGACGGUGACUUUGGAUCAAAAGGACUACAAAGUCCACAGCAUCCUUCUGGCUGCAGUCAGUUCUGUCUUUCUGCAGCGUUUGGAAUGUGGUGUGCAAGAAGGGAUGAAUCUGGAUGGCGUGACCACAUCAUCUGGCUGGGAGGCCAUUUUGAAUUUUGCCUACACAGGAGACUUAGAGCCCACCCCAAUCAUGGCUGGAGACAUCCUAGACGCAGCUGAGGCCCUGGGUGUCCCUCGUGUGGCUGAAAUAUGCAAGGCAGUGUUGAUAGGGACAGAGAAUGAGGACAGACUGAGUCCAGUAGAAGAGAAAUGGAAAACUCUACAGAGGCUAGAAGAGAUGUACAAUGAAGGCAUUGGUUGGGACACGGAACUUCAAGCUGAAGGAGAUACAUUUCGAGUUCACCGCUUGGCCUUGGCUUGUGGCUGUGAAUUCUUCCAUGGUAUGUUUACGAGCGGCAUGAAGGAAACUCAACAGGCUAAGAUUCCUCUUUGCACCCAAUUCACCGUAGCUGACCUGGGACUGAUCAUCUCCUUUGCUUACUCAGGAGUGCUUAGAGGUGGGUGGGAUUAUAUAUUUGAAGCUGCACAAGCUGCUCUUCAAUAUCAAGUCUCUGGGAUCUUGGACCUCUGUCUGGAUCUGUUCCGCUACAAGCUCACUCCAGAAACCUGUUUGGAUGUUCUCUCUUUUGCCCGUGCUUAUGGCCUACAUGAUCUUGAAAACACUACAGAGAAGUUUAUAUUGAACAGCUUUGUUCAUGUCACAAAAACGCCAAAGUUCCUAGAUCUUCCCAUAAACCAGCUGGUGGACUUCCUUAGUUCUGAUUCCCUCUACAUCCUCAAUGAACUAGAAGCUUUCCAAGGAGCCGUCCGUUGGUUGACUGCUGACUGGAUUGGGCGGAUUAACUGUGCUGAGAAAGUAUUGCACUGUAUUAGAUUUCCACUGAUGUCCAACCGAGAGCUCAAACAGGUUAGGAAAGAAGAGAUGAUGGCUGAUCCUGGUCACCUCUACAACCUCAUGGUUCAAUCCUUAGCUAGCGUUCCACCAGGUCCUUCCAAGAUGGAGCAACUUCCUUGCCGGGUGAGAUAUCCAGAAAAGGUCAUUGUGAUUAGCGGAGGAGAUACUCUGACAAAAAAUAUGGCUACUCGGAGCCCAUGCCAGGAUUUCUGGUUCACCCACCGCUUCCUCAAUGGCAUCGGCUUGGUCAAACAAGUGGAGUGGCGUCGUCUUGGGUACCUCCCAGAGAAACCGCGAUUCCGGCAUGCCGUAGUGGUCAAGGACAAUAAGAUGUACCUCUUUGGGGGAAAGCAUUAUUAUGGCGUCAGGGAUACCAUGUGUUCAGUGUUCAGGUUUGAUCCUCUUUGUGGGAGUUGGGAGCGACUAGCUGACAUGACCAAUUGCCGGAGCUAUUUCCCUGCAGUUUUCCUGCAUGGUUUAUUCUACGCUCUUGGGGGCAGCUCCAAUGAGGUUUAUUGCCUGGAUUCGGUGGAGUGCUAUGAACCUCAGAGCAACACAUGGAGGCCUUGCGCACCCUUGCCUACCCCAGUCUGUGGCCAUGCAGCUUGUGUCCUGGAUGGAUGGAUCUAUAUUACGGGAGGCAGUGACGGCUCAUGCCGCUGCCAAUCCUCUAUGAUUCGGUAUUGUCCAGAUGGCCCACCUCUCCUUCUGGCCCCCAUGCAGGAAGAGCGUGCCGGGCACAUCAUGGAGGUGCUAGAUGGGCGGAUCUACGUGGCUGGUGGUCUACGUUGGCGGGACGGGCACGGGGGCUAUGCUGACCAACUGGCCUGCGAGGUGUACAGUCCAGAUCAGGACGUAUGGGUCACCUUGCAUCCUCUUCCCCAAGCUCAUGUCAUCGCUGCCUCUGUUGUCCUGAACGGAGAGCUGUAUGUCCUGGGAGGGUACAGCCAUAACACCUAUCGAGAUACGCACCUCAUUCACUGCUACAACCCUUCUCACGACCGUUGGGUCAACCUGGGGACAAUGCCCCAGGCUUACGCAGAUCUAAAGGCCUGCAUCUUAGAAGUGCCCUCCUCUUACAGACAAAGGGAACCAUCAAUCCCGGAUGCUCCUGACUUGGAAGUCCCUCCUGAUGCUUCGCUGGAUAUGCCCUACCAAAAUUCUCCAUCACGCUGCUGAUAGGCUGAAGUGUAGCCUAUUAUUGCAGGUCCUGGAUUUGCAUGGAGAGACCCAAGUUCAAGUGUCUUCCUUAGUUGAUUUUGGGUCACAGGGUUGUUUUAUGGUGGGGAUUAAUCAAAGAGGGAUGCGGCCUGUUUCACGUAUGCUUUGAGUUCUUGGCGAAAAGGCAAUAUAAAUGCUAAUGUUAACAAAAAUAUGGGUAGUCCUUGACUUAUAACCAUUCAUCCAUUCAAAGUUACAACCACAUUAAGUAUUUUUUGUCAAGGCAUACCCAAUUAUGGGAUGGUACAUACUGCUUCUGUUUAAUUUGUUAAUUAAAUUAAAUAAUUAUUAAUAAUUAAUAUUAUUAAUAGUAUUAGUUAGGUUAAUACAUCUACCUAAUACACAAGAAUGCCGGCUUCAAAUCCCAGAAGGGUAUGGCUAGCUCAGGAGAGUUAAAUAGCUUGAAAUAGAUCUGUACUAAUCUCCCUUUAUUUCUUUGGCGGUAAAACAUAAAUUCAUUACAAUAUUGAAAAAUGUGACGUAGUUCUGGUCCUUGCACUUACAACCAAUGCGGCAUCCUCAUGGUCACACAAUCAAUAUUUGGGUUUUUAGCAAGUGACAUAUACUUAUGAUGGUUAUAACAUCCCAGGCAGGGAUGAAAUUCAGCAGGUUCUGACAGGUUCUGGAGAACCGGUAGCGUAAAUUUUGAGUAGUUCGGAGAACUGGCAAAUACUACCUCUGGCUGGCCCCAGAUUGGGGUGGGAAUGGAUAUUUUGCAAUAUCCUUCCCCCAGGAGUGGGGAGGGAAUGGGGAUUUUGCAGUACCCUUCCCCUGGAGUUGGGUGGGAAUGGAGAUUUUGCAGUAUCCUUCCCCUGCCACCCCUACCAAGCCACGCCUACAGAACCGGUAGUAAAAAAAAAUGUGGAUUUCACCACUGAUCCCAGGGUCAAGUGAUCAUCAUUUGUGACCUUCCCAACUGGCUUUUGAUAAGCAAAGUCAAUGGGGGAAGCCGGAUUUGCUUAAGCAGUGCAUGUGAUUCACUUAGCUGUGACAAAAAAAAAAUAAUAAGUUGUAAAAUUAGCUAUGACUCACUUCAUAAUCACCUCAUUUAGCAAUGGAAAUCCUGGUUCCAAUUGUGGUUCUAAGUCAAGGGUUGCCUGUAAUAAUAUUAUCUUUAUUUCUCACUAAUAACAAUAAUAACUUUAUUUCCCACUUGGAUCGCCACUUAAUUGAAAUUAACACUGAAAAACAUGUUUAUCUAUUUGGAAAAGCAAAGUGACUGGAGAAAAAGCUCUCAUUCCCACAUGCAGAUAUGAUCUGUUUACAGCUGGAUUUUUGUGCAGGUGAACACAGUUGGACUGUAUGAACACAACUCAAGUGAAAACCAUGGAAAAGGCAGAAAGAUAUGAAUUUAUUGGUUGAGGUUCUAGAUCACUUAAGGAGGGCCACACUUCUAAGACGAGGGCCCCACAAAUUCUUUGACAAGUAGUGGUUGAGUAAGUGGUUCAGGCCAGGAUGAAAAGCAAAACUAAUUUUUAUUUCAUGUAUGUUGUGAUUAAAAUUAAAUCUAAUUAA